AUGCAGGUGAAGUCCCUGGAGCUGCAGAAGCACCUGGCAGCAGUAUCCGAGCGGCAGCAGUCGGCUCUGCGGCGGAACCAGUCCUACCGCCGGGAAUUCCGCCGGCUGCAGGAGCACAUGGACACCACAGGUUUGGAGAUGAUCCGCAAGAUGGAAGCGUGGUAUGGAAGGGAAAUUAAAAGCCUGUUAUCCCUUCAAGAGGGCAGCUUGUCAGCAGGAGGUGACAAGGAGGAAGGAUCCAGCGAGCAGAACACUCUAAUGAUAACCAGAGCGAUGGGGUUUGUCCCUGGAGGAUGGUGGGAGCCUGCCCUCCAAACCAGGCGAGGACUGAAGGUGCCACAGGCUGGAGGACGGGCGGGAAUUGGCACCGAGGCAGCUGUGCCAAGAGAACGGUUCCAUCCAGCCACAGCCUUCCUGGGCUGCCCCACCCCAGCUGUCUCGGCCACGGGAGGUUUGGGAACGCAGCAGGAGCCCUCCCAGCCCCCAUUCCCUGAGGGAUGUGGUGCCCAGAGCCAGAGCAGCGCUGCUGGAGAGACCGAGGGGUCCCUGGAGGGAGCACACGGGGACCUGGCUGCCAGCGAGGAAGGCUCUGAGCAGCUCCCCUCCUCAGCUCCUGACCCCACACCAGCCACCCCCGAGGAGGGACAGCUGCAGGGAGGUGUUCCAGAAUCAAAGUCUGUGCUGAGUAACUGGUGGGCUGGCCCAGAGGAGAGCAGUGCAGAGCUCCUGGUGUCCAGCAGUGCCGAGGAGGGGGUGACCCCCAGCACUGCCAGCGCGCAGCAGGAGCGGGACGGGGAUACCCAGGCUGGGGAGGGCUCCCCACUGCCCCCACUGAGCCCUACCCUGGCACAGCAGGAGCCCUGGGGCAGCUCAGCACCACACAGGGACAUGGAUGUGCUGCAGAGUCACCUGAGCCACCAUUCCCUGUUCCUGGAGCAGCACCGGGCUCGGGCCCCGGAGGGAGCAGCAGAGAUGUCUGACGACCUGCUGGCUUUGGGCAAGGAGGCACAGGACGGCCAGGCUCUGCCGGUGCUGAGAGAGGCCCUUCCAGGAGAGCGUGGGGAUGGGUCACCUGUCCAGGGUGAAGAGUCGUCCUGCAGUCUGCCAUCGAUCCCGACAGACGGCGGGGAAGGGGGGCAGGUGGAACACACUGCCUGGCUCACUGGCACGGGAGAACCAGGUCGGGAUAUGGACGAUGACAGUUCCAGAGCGAGUGACAGCCGGGAGGCACCUCUGGAGACCAGCUCUUCGUCGGAUGGAAUAGUCCUUCCCUUCUCCAGGACUGAGACACGGAAGGAGAAAGUAACUGCCAUAAAAUCCAAAGCUUUCUGGGGUGAAUCCGACGACAGCAGCUCUGAGCUCGAGGCCGCCCUGCGCCCGCAGACCCACAGCGCCCAGUCAGACGACUUCGAUGACUUCUAUGCUUGAGGUUCCCUGCUGGCUUCUGGGGAGAAGCAGAAGCGUUUCAGAGCCCACUCACCCUCAAAGUGAGUGUGCUGUGGGCUGAAGCACUGCUCGUCACUUUACGGGCAAAGGAAAUGUAAAUACCAAAUAAACAUCACGGGUCCUA